AUGCGGGAUAGCUUGACCAAGUUCUUUCAAGAGGAUAACGAGACUUUUUAUGAUGCAUGGGAGCGCUUCAAAGAUAUUGAGUUAGGUUGCCCUCAUCAUGGACUCACCAAGUGGCUACUUUGUGAAUCUUUCUAUAAUGGGUUGAUUAUUGAUGAUAGAAGGAGAUUGGAUAAUGCAUCAGGUGGAAAUUUUCUAAAGAAAGGUCCUAAUGCCGCUUGGGAUAUUUGUGAGGAAGUGGCUACACAAUCCGGUCAAUGGGAUAAUCAUCAAAGGAGAAGAGGAGGUAGAGAUGACCACACUACAUCUAGAGGCCGAGUUGAUAUGGAGCCUCGUGGUAGAGGUGUAUAUGAUGUUUCUCAUGUUUCUAGAGAUGAUGGAGUUAUGAGUUCUAAACUUGAAAGGCUUGAAGUAAAGAUUGACAAGAAAUUUGAGAUGCUUCUUCAAGCACAAAAGGGUAAUGGUAGGUCUUCUUCACAUGUCAAGAGUGUUACUUCUUCACAUCUUUGCUUGAUUUGUGAGUCCCCUAAUCAUUCUACUCAUGAUUGUCACUUGGCUUCACAAUUUUCAGAAUUUGUUGAGGAGCAACAAGCAUCUAGUUACAAUUCUCAAGGCCAAGGGCCAUCUUUUGGUGCUACACAUGCUUAUGGAGGAGUCCCACAUGAUACUCAAGGGUUUGGUCAAAGUUCCCAAUCAUUUGGAGGUGCCAUUCCUACACAAAAUGCUCCUCCCGGAUUUCAAAAUAGGCAAGCACCACAACCGGAACCAAAGAAGUCUCAUAUGGAUGAUAUAUUGGCCACCCUAGCUCAAAGUCAUACUUCUCUUACACAAAGCCAAGCGAAGACCGAUCAAACUCUUAGUAUUCUUGCUCAAGGUCAAAGUUCACUUGCACAAUGUGUGGGAAAGUUGGAGGUUCAAUUGGGUCAAAUGGCAAAAGAGCUUGGAGCACAUCCACAAGGAGCUCUACCUUCACAACCGGAGACAAACCCAAGAGGAAAAGUCCAUGAAUGCAAUGGCGUCACCACUUUACGUUCGGGAAAGAAUGAUGCGAGAAAAUAUGGUUUGAUUGAUAGUGGCAAGGAAAGAGCUCUAUUGAGAAAGAACACUUCUAGGGAUGAGGAUAUCUUGGCCUCAAGAUUAGAUGGUGAGGCCAUGAAGGCUAGGGACCCAUCUAAGGCCGAUGACACCUCUAGGAAGGUUCUUGAUGAUAUUAGACCCACUUCCUAUGAGUUUGAGUCAUCUACUUCUACCAGAAAAGGGGAGAAGAAUAAGGAGGAAGACCUACAUGCUCAUGGUAGAUCUAGUAAUAGAAGUGGUCCGGUCGAUUCAUCACUAGGCAAGGCCUUGAAGGCUAAGAACCCUAGUGGGACCGUGACUACCCUUAGGGGCACCACCUAA